CAAAGUUUCAACCAUCGUCAUUAGUAAUCUGAUUCCGAAUGCCUGCAAACUCUUCUGUCAUUUCCAAUAAAUUUUGGACAAGGAAAUCUUAUCGUCGUACCUAUGUGAGAGCCGUUUAUUAAAUUUUUAUCACGGAACUCGAAUUCAUCGAUUACAUCAGAAACUCGGGGUUAGGGUUGCAUCAAAAAUGUCGGCAGCAAGAUUGCCGAUAAGAAAAAUGCCAACAGCGAAAUUGCCAAUAAGGAAAAUACCAACAGCAAAAUUGCGGAUAAGGAAAAUUCCGACAGAAAAACUGCUUCUUGCAAAAGAAGAGCUCAAUAAGGCUGGGAUUCUAUUCACUCGUGAAAAAUUCAUUGCAAUGUUAUCGUUGGCAGUGGUGUGUGUGCUGGUCCUAAUAGUAUUUGGCGUGUGGAUGUCGAGAAAUGCUUUUCGCGCAAACCCAGAUCCGGGAAACGUCCAAACAAUUUAUCAAUUCAAUGUGAAAAACGAUCGCGGAACAAAAGUCAGCUUACGUCGUUACAUCGAUUAUCCUUUAUUAGUGACAACUGUAUCGGACAAGUGCGGACCAGAGGAUACGUACUGGAAAGAUUUACAGGACCUCUACGAAAAAUGGGAACCCGAUACGGGUAUACGAGUCUUAGCUUUUCCUACGAAACAGCUCAACACUGAAAAAAAUGAUUCGUAUCCAGAUAUUUUGACGUGUCUCAAAAAGUAUAAUGUCACAUUCGACGUAUUUUCAACACUUAAGGUCAACGGCUAUUAUGCUCAUCCUUUAUGGCAAUGGCUGAUGAUGGAUGGUGCACGUAUAACAGGUAACGAUAUCGUUGGGCACCCCACUACAUUUACGAUUGACAGGAAAGGGAACGUCCUAUCUCGGUACCCUCCAACCGAAACUCCCGAGAGUAGGGACGAAGUAAUGAAAACUUUCAUGAACAUUGAGACGUAAUAUCGCUGCUUUACGCCAGUAAAAUGAGUGCGAAGUUUGCAAAAUACGUUUGUGCACGAAUUUUUUUUAUUUUUUAUUAUUGCCGUUGUAUUUUGCAAUACCUUUAUACUGCUAUGUUGUUUCUAGUAACUUGAAGGUUCAAGCUACAAGAUACUCAUGGAAAAAAGUGUAUAUUUGUUUAUUUAUUAUUAUUAUACAUAAUUAAAACCGCAAAAACUUGUUUUUUUUCGAAUAAAUUGAGCUUCAUAUCUAGUACUGUAACAUAUAUUUUUUUCAGAAUUUUCGACACGCUAGAAUUUUCAAAAAUUGAAUUCUGAGAAAAAAAUUAUUAUUUAUAAAUUGAUUUCAAAAAUUAUAUUUGUUGCUUAGAAACAAAUUUUCAUGCAAAAUUUUUUUCCCGAGCAGCUAGGUGCUAGCCGUAGUGCAUAUAAAAAAUAGCAAUAAAAUUGUUUCCUAUUGGUAUAGGUACGCAAUACUAUAAAAAGUUACGCGUUCGGAAGUGAAAUCGGUAGAGCGUAAAAAUAGGUAGGAUUAUUUUUCUUAUGAGAAAAUUAAUCAAAAUUCUGAAAUAUGUUUAAAACGUUUUUAAAUGAAAAAAAAAAGAGAAAUAAACGAAACUAGUUUUUCUCCACGUC